UUCCCGCUGAGCGAGACGGGCCCAAAAUCAUUAGGGACGCGGAAGACGACGCCCACGACAUCCAUUCCUAUACAAUCAUCAAGAGAUCAUAAGCCCUACAUCGGAGCUGCUUCCGUGCCGGCGUGAACCGCCGACUGCCCGUGAGUGCGCUCAGACGCUUAAACGACCGUGAUCUCGCCACGUUGCUGUCGGGCGAGUGUGUGCACUGCUCAAACGAACACGUUUCGCUACUAAUUUAUGCUUCCCAAAUGAGUUCAAACAGCGCACAGCGGGACGCGACGGGAUAUCGUCCACAAAGAGGGCACGCUUGUCCCUCACUCACGCAUUUUUAAUGACGAAACCCUGUGGUUUGUGUAAUGCACAGAUUUAUUUUUACAGUGCCAGUUAGUUAUCUUGAAGAGCAUAAGCCUGACUUUAAUGAGCAGAUAUAACGGGUACAUUAGUUUAAAGGUACCUAGAGACAAGAUGCGGUGCAGUCGUGUAUACGGUACGGUUGGUUGCAAGUGCGGUGCAGUCGUGUAUACGGUACGGUUGGUUGCAAGUGCGGUGCAAAACAGCUAGCACGUGCUGUCAGUUUGUGAUUCACGCAUCCAGCUAACAAGUCGGCACCACCUCCACUUGUCGGUGAUCGAUAAUGGCGUGGGAGCUCUUCGUGCUGGUUGGCACCGCGAUAACUCUCGUAAAUAUACUAGCAACGUCAUCACUUGCUACUUCGAUUGCUCUGGACGACAAGAAUAUCGACACAAGUGGGCGAUUCUUACGGGUGGUAAAGAACGAUGAAGAAAGAACGGUUGCCUCGGCUGAGACUAUCACGAGCUUGGUCAAAAGCAAGAGCGUGAUAAACACGCUGGUGGACACGCUGCCGUCAAAACUGGCAGAAAUCGAAAAGAAGUACCCCAUUGUGAUCCCUGGUGUAUCCCAGGCCUACAUUAAAGUACGACUGAGGCUCGCGUACUCGAGCAGGACUCCCCCAACGGAGAUUUUCAGAUUCCUGGGACUUCGCGGUCAUCAUGGAGAGCGACUCAAGAAUCAUCCGUUCUACAAGUACUACGAGGCGUAUUUCAACAAGUGGAAAAACGCGCAGAAGCACCUCAGCAUCAGAUGAUGAACUGUUUUUAUUAUUUAAUAGCAUGAGAUAAAUGUCCGUGGACACGACCUAGUCACUGG